AUGUCACACAGACAAGCAUUAGAGGCCUUGGAUCGUACUCUUCAAGAUCUUCGUGGCAAUGGGAAACACAUGUGUGGAGUUGUUGUACUCCUUGCGGGUGAUUUUCGUCAAACGCUGCCUGUUAUUCCAAAGGAAACAAUGGCUGAUGAGAUUAAAGCGUGUUUAAAAUCGUCAUCCCUCUGGAAACACGUUAUACCGCCGGGUAGGGGUGGCGCUUUACCGUUUCUUUACAGUACUGAAGAGCAGUGUAUUUCCGAACAUCCGGAGCCAUUUCAGCGAUCACAAAUGGCUAUGUGA